AUGGAUGGAAGAGGCAAAGGGGCUGGUUGUGAGGGAUCAAACCUGAAUAAGAAAAAGGAAUUUUGGAAGACCAUUUGGGGAUUAAAGUGCCCAAGUAAAGUCAAACACUUUAUGUGGAGGGCGUGCAAGAAUAUCCUUCCUACAAACUAUUGCCUUUGCCUUCGGAAGGUUUCCAAAGGGGAUGAGUGUGGGCUGUGCGGGCUGGUAGAAUCCUUGGGACAUGCCUUGUGGGACUGUUGGUUGGCAGAUGCGGUUUGGAAGGAAGCUAAGAUUUCAUUUCCGAGGGGCUGCCACCCUCAUCGCGAUUUCAUUGAUGUGGUUUGGAAGCUGUGGGAAGAAAGAAAGGAAGGCGAGCUAGAACAUUUGGCGUGCAUAGUGUGGUGCAUUUGGAAGAACAGGAAUGCUUCAAAAUUUGAAGGAAAAUGCAAGGACGCGAGGAGGAUUGUGACUGAAGCCACUGCUCUUGUUGAGGAAUUUAGUGAGAAGUAUGGUGCCCCAAAACAAACUACCCCACAGAGAUCUGAAAGAUGGACCCCUCCUAGUGAAGGUUGGUAUAAAGUAAACAUGGAUGGGGCGGUGUUUAAUGAGCUGGGCAGCUGUGGAAUUGGGAUUGUCAUAAGAAACGAAAGGAGAGAAAUCAUGGGAGUGAUGAGCAAAAGGACGGACUUUCCGUUGGGAGCUUUGGAAGUGGAAGCCAAAGCUUUUGAAGAGGGCUUGCUGCUUGCUGGUGACCUUGGGCUGAAGCACAUUGUGCUGGAAGGUGAUGCGCAAGUAGUAACAGAUGCGUUGAUGGGCUGUAGCUCCCCCCCAACCUCAAUCCAGAUGAUUAUCGAAGGCAUCCAGAGGCUGAAUUGUAACGUCCUGGAUUGGAAAGUCAGCAAUGUUCGUAGAACAAGCAAUAUGGCUGCACACCGUAUGGCUAGGAAUGCAAAAUUUGUGAAUGAUUCUGUUAUCUGGGUUGAGGAUAUCCCACCCAUCAUUGAAUUUCAAGUUAUCAAAGAUGUAACUGUUUUGGACCACGGUCCAGUUUAA